CUCCGCCAUCAAACUCGAAGAAGAAGAAAUAGCAACAGCAGCAGCAGCAGCCAGCUGUUCCCUCAGAAUGUCUACCAUCCAGUUACUAAGAGCGUUCGUCAAUCAGCGCCUGACUGUGGCUGUAGAGGAAAUAAUCGGGGCGUUUGAAAGAACAUUAACGGAAUAUGAGGAGGAGAUCGAACGCCAACGCAGGCUACUGGGGGCUGAGAAUCACUCCGGCAUCAGGAUAGCCUUAAACAAUCAUACAGGUGUGUCUCAGGACAUCCAGCCACUGAUUGUCAAUGCAAAGAUUCCCUCUGAGCAGCACGAGUCAGACCCCAGUCUGGACCAGGAGGCCCCACAGCCCCCACACAUUAAAGAGGAACCAGAGGAAGUGUGGACGAGUCAGGAUGGACAACAGUUCCAAACAGGUCUGGAGGGGACUGAUACCCCAGAGUUCCAGUUCCCUCCUGUCUCUAUGAAGAGUGAAGCUGAUGUAGAGAAUCCUCAGUCCUCACACCUAUAUCAAGACCAAACCAAGGAGAACACAGAGGCAAAUCCUCUAGCUACCAGUCCAGCUCAACACACAGAAGCUGGAGCCCUUGGAGAGGACUGCGGAGGAUUAGAACCAACCUUUGACUUGGAUGUAGCUGGUUUUUUAAAAGCAACCAGCAAUGGUCAGUUUUUCCUCUCACAGUGUUUUAAGACUGAGACUGAAGUCUUGGAUGAUGACUGGAACCAGAUGAUCAGACCUCAGCCAUGUUCAGACACCAUGAAAGACAGUGAAGCUGCAUCUCAUAGAUCUCAUAAUCAGAAAAAACUCUAUAAAUGCCCAGCAUGUAGCAAAACAUUUAAGCACAACACAGCUCUGCAAAGACACAUAACAUGUCAUACAGGAGAGAGGCCAUUUGACUGUACUGAGUGUGGUAAGACAUUCAGGCAAAAGGGAAGUUUGCAGAUACACAUGAGGAGACAUACUGGAGAAAAGCCUUUUAGUUGCUUAGUUUGUAGUAAAAACUUCACUCAGAGUGGAACAUUGGUUGCACAUAUGAGAAUUCACACUGGAGAGAAGCCUUUCAGCUGCUCAGUGUGUAAGAAAAGGUACAAUGAAAGAGGGACACUAGUCAGACACAUGAGAGUCCACACUGGAGAGAAACCAUUUACUUGCUCACUUUGUGGUAAAAGGUUUAGUGAAAAAGGAAAUCUGAAUAAACACAAGAGAAUACACACAGGAGAGAAACCAUUUAGUUGCGGCAUGUGUGAGAAAAUGUUUAGUUUGCUAUCGCACCUCAAAAAUCACAAGUGUCCCGGUAAGAAAAGCAGUCAAGCUGUAGAGCAGGAACCUAAGCUUAAAUGUCAAACAGUUACACUACAGUUAACCAGAAACAUCAUAUGAGUCAGUCAGGAGGAAAACCUUCUAGUGAGUUUUGGGGGAAUAAUCAUCAGAUUAAUCAGCAGUGAAAAUAAUGAAAAUAAUUGUUAGUUGCAGCUGUAGUCUAAUUCAAAAAUUUUAAGUAUAUUGUAGAAAUAACUUAUGCUUAUCACAGCUUAAACUAACCUGACCCUUAUCAGAAGGUCUUUUCACCAGAGGAGGAACAAGUGAGGAGAGCACAUUCUUUGGAGUUAAAUGGAUCCGUGUAUUUUGCAAAGUGGGAACUGGAACCAAAAUGGAAAAUACGAAUAGAACCCAUCUUAACGUGCAGUCAAAGUGGUCUUGACCCAUAAACUGCAUUGCUGACCAUCUAUGAACCCCUCCAUGGGUACUGCAUGAUGACUGUGAGAUACAGAUCAGCAGGACUGCAGGUCACUAGAAUCCUGGUAUAUAAAGUACGACCCUUUUUGGACCCAGAUGGCAGAGAAGACAGGAGAUUCAGAAGAAGGCACUACAAUGUCCUGGAUCAAAUUACAUUUGGCACAUUGACUCUCUAAACCUGAGACUAUUGCGGCUUACUUCUUACUUCAUCUUAUUGUUGCUGUUAGUGAACUGGGGGUCCAAAAAUAAUCAGAUUGGAUCUUGGGACUGAGAAUGUCCAACAGAUUACAGUGUAUUCUGCAUGAGGAUGAAUGUUGCAUAAUUUAUGGACCUUGUGUCCUUCAAAGAAGAAGUACUGCACACCAUGGGAUUGAAUGCUGGUGAGGAAACAUAUUGGAUACAGAAUGUUGACUACUUGAAGGACUUGUUCCAGGAGUUCCAGUCAGUAGAAAAGAAGCUAACACUGAAAUCAGUGAUUUGUAAAACACCAAAUUCCUUCUCUUUCCUCACUUAAUUCAAAAUUCAAGAGUUUUUCAAGAGCCAUUUGAGCUGUAAUUCCUGCCAUCUAGUGGGAAUUUAGGUGAACACCAUAUUAAAUAUGCCAAGUAUGAUGUAUUGUCAGUAAGUACUGCUGGGGCAUUAUGAGCAUGGUAACGGUUGUCUGCCAAUUGUGUCUUCUGUCUUUGUUUCAACUGGAAAUGGGAAUAGUUUUUCUAUACUUUUAAAU